AUGGACGUUGGAAACAUCCCUAUGAUCGGUCUCGUUUCGCAUCAGCGGGUUUAUGCGAGAAAGACCAUCGGUAAGCAUGAGAUUGGGUCCAUGAUCAUCAUCGGUGGGGAGAAAAAGUGGGCCGAGAAGGAGGAGAGAUUGAGACUGGUUCCAUUUUUCGCCAGAUCAAACAGGGACUCAGGUGGCAGGCUCAGGACUAUGUUCCCCAGGGUAGCUGUUAGUGAUGUCGAGUAA